AAUGGGGGACUAUUUGAAUUGAGGAAAAAGGAACGCGGCUGUUGUACUUCCAUAUAAGCGUGCGCCGACCUUAUUGAGCAAAAAGAGGUCUUCCAAAUUUACAAGGCAAGGGAAUUAUCUUGCGAUUAGAGAAACGAGUCUUUGUCCUGAUUUUGGGCCAAAUUUGACGCAAUCGUUUCCAUUUUAGUGUUCUUAACAUUCAUUGUAACUAGCUAAAAAAACUUUCUUACCCAACGGCUAUACCCACUCGCUAAUUUUCCAAACAUUCCUAAAAAUUUUAACCAAUUUUUUAUCCUUUCAACGCAAGGCUUUCGCCGAAGGUUAUUCGUCCUUCUUGUCAGCUUGAAUUACAAAUUGAAGAAAAAGCUUCCCGCAAAGAAACAACUUAAUUAUAGUCUAGAACUGAAUUUAAACUUUUUUCCAACUAUGUUCAAAAAUCCAACGUUUCUACCAGAUCUCGAGCACUGAUUCUUUGUCGCGAGAGUUUCAAGGGGAUUCGUUGAUUACUUUGAUUGGACGUUUAUUUUCAUUUUACAGAUUUUAGCCUCGUGCAAAAUAUACUAAUUUUGGUCCGACGUUUUGGUUUUAGUUAAUCCGCAAAACCUCCACAGUUCCAUAAAAGUAUCAUUCGGUUUCUUUAACGGGUAAUUUUUUAUUGAUUCAUUUUGUAGUCCACAGAAAGACAAUCUUGCAUAAAUAAAUCAAUAUUUAUGAUAUCAAUCGCACUUAACUUGAAUUUCCCACCAGACUAAAUUUCUAAUUUAUUCACGUUCAUUAAUUGACUAAAUGUCAAGGACAUAAAUUUAAUUUAUCAGAUUUUAUAACCUUUAUGUUCAAAAUACACGCCCUUCUCAACAUCGCAGAUUUUCUUUGGGAGUGCCUGAAAAUCAAAACGAGUCCAAAUUUGUCAAAUUCUUAGAAUUCCUGAAAAUAGUGGGUGUUAUACACUUCGAGGUCUUGGUUGGUAUCUAAUUCAAACAAACUUCGCUUCAGUUUCAGUUCAAUUUCGAAAUGUUUGAAAGAAUUUGGUAUUUUACUAUUGACGUAUUUGAAGUAAGUUAUUCGGAGGGUUUCAAAUCUCUAUCUAAAUUCUCAAAUGCGACACACCGUUUCAAAUUCGUUGUUCUAUUGGUUAAUUUUAUUUGUACGUUACAGUCAACUGAACUUUUCAGUUUACUCAAACUACAUAUUGAUUGAAUUUACUUUCAAUCUGGUACCAAAAUAUCUUGUACGCAAAACGCUCUUUUAAUAUAUUAAACUAGUCCAGAAUUUUCUUGUUUUGUGGACGAACAUAAAAAAUUAACGUAUAUUUGACAAGAGCUAAAAUCAGUUUUUUGGCUGAAUCUCAAUUACAGCGUUAAGAAUUCAUAACCUUUAGAAAAAUCGAAGCUGUCAAAUUAUCUCCUCUGUAGAUACCAAAUAUGACUUCUGUAGCUUGAAAAAUUGACCAAUUGGUGCAUUACCAUUGUCAAUACCAAUACCUUCUGCGCUGCCUCGAUUUCGUCAUUACUGCAGCAACAAGAAUUACGUUUAACUUUGAAUUCAAUUGUUUGUCUCGUGCUGAGCUCCAACAAAGCAGUAAAAAACAUUUUUUGCACUAGCACCAAUCGCUUAAAUUUACAAUUCAUUUUCAAUUACAUCAGCCAAGAAUCUUGGACGUUCAACUCAAUCUAUUGCUCUUCAACAGAAAACAUCUGAAAAGUAAACUUGCUCGAUUUAUAAAAAACUGAAACUUGCUGAACAUGGCAGCCGAUACUGCGUUCGUUAUAAAUGAUUACCUGAGACGGGAUUUCAGAUUCUCCCAGUUGAUAGCCCCAUGCUUGGGGUCCCAUUCUGGGGGUUGUCUAAGUGCCUCGUUGGACCAGAUCAACAGGGUAUGCAAUGACAGCCAGCCUACUAUCCAAGUAGCCGAAGAAUGCAUAAAAAGGUCAUCAAGGUCACUUACAAACGGGAAGACAAGAACAAAGAAUACACAGAGUAGGCUUGUAAAUCAGUCGGCCGGCAGAAUUUCAGAUGUCCUGGUCUUCGAUAUCGGGAUCCCGACUUUGCAAUCAGAAUCCCAUAAUGCCAGAUCAUCAACCGAGUCUCUCAAUUCGAUUUCCAGUCUGCCCGAGAACUCAGAUUUUCAGAUCAAGGCAAAACAGACCCCUUUAAACAGACUCUGCAUCAAGCAAAUCACCCGCAAAUUGUCACAUCCCAUUAAAAAUCCACUCAAACAGAGGUUGGCCAACAAAGGAACAACCAAAUUAGACUCAAGUAAACCCACUGCUAAUUCAAAUGUCAGAUCCAAUUCAAGUUCCGAAGCAUCAAAUUGCAAACAUGCCGAACAUUUAUUUGCCGUAGACGUUAAUAACAAUGAAACUGGUUCUAUUUUCUCUGCAAACUUACUUGAAAAGGUCGCUCAUUCUGAUUCUAAAGCUAUUCAAAAUGAAAAAGAAAUUUUUUCAUUUGAACGAUGUACAGGUGCCGAGUCUUUAGCAAGAACCGAUGAAAUCAUUGAAACACAUGUAAAACGACGACAUUCGGUCAGUUUCGCCGAUGAUUUUGGUUUCGACUUAACCAAAACUCGCUUUUUCGAAACUUUCGACCGCCUAUUCUUCGAAGUUGAAGAAGAAAAUAACAAACCCAAAAUCUUUUCACCGAUCAAGAAAAUGAGAACGUUUCUUCCCAUGUUUCAUUUGUCAUCGAGACGUGACAACUUGCUUGAAAAAGUAGCUGAACAGAAAGUGAGGCUCGAAAGUGUUCACAUUUUUGGCACGCUUGUUUCCGGUUCAAUACUAGUCUACAAUUUGACUUUUCAGAAGGAGGUUUCAGUAAAGUACACUACAGACGGUUGGGCCGCAUACAACGAAAUUUCAGCUUCGUAUGCUUCAAAGCAGAAUGAAAGUUUCGACAGAUUCGAGUUCGAACAUUAUUUCGAGCCUUCCGCAAUUGAAAAAGAGGUCGAAUUUUGCGUUCGAUAUCAAAACCCGUCAGGAGAAUUCUGGGAUAGCAAUGAUGGGAAAAAUUAUAUACUAAAACUCGACUAGAUGUAGAUAGUCAGACUGGCAUUAAAAACUUGUGUGCUAAUUUGAGAUGUAUAAUCUAUUUUUCUACUUACUUUGUCCAAACCCCAAGCUCACUUGCCGCAUAUUUAGCAGAUUCGAAAUAUAACUCAAAUACACAUCAAAUCUUAGAGUAGUUGCAAUAUUUUUUUUUCAAUUAAUGAUUUCAAAACUC